ACUCAUCCGGCCAUGACAAUGACGUGAUUUCCCCUUGCCUUCUUUCCUCCUCCAUUUCGUCGUCCUCCCCGAUCCGCGCCAUGAACGGAGAGCAGCAGUACUGGCACCAUGGCAGAACUGCCUACCACUUCCAGCCUGCCAAGAACUGGAUGAAUGAUCCAAAUGGCCCUUUGUACCACAACGGCGUGUACCACCUGUUCUACCAGUACAACCCGCACGGCCCGCUCUUCGACACCGGCAGGCUCUCCUGGGGUCACUCCGUCUCCGGCGACCUCGUAAACUGGGCCUUCCUCGGCACCGCGCUCGAUCCGACGUCGCCGUUCGACGCCGACGGCUGCUGGUCAGGCUCGGUGACCGUCCUCUCCGACGGCCGCCCGAUCAUCCUCUACACCGGACGCGACUCUAACAGGGUGCAAGUGCAGAACGUGGCCUUUCCCAAGAACCCCUCGGACCCGCUCCUCCGCGAGUGGCACAAGCCCAGCUGCAACCCCGUCAUCCCGCAGCCCGCGGACGUGACGGGCAACAACUUCCGCGACCCCACGACGGCGUGGCUCGGCCACGACGGCCAGUGGAGGUUCGCCGUGGCCGCCGAGGUAGAAGGCGUGGGCUCCACGCUCAUAUACCGCAGCGCGGACUUCGUUCACUGGAAGCGGAACGCCACGCCCCUGCACACGUCGCCGGACGUCCCCGUCUGGGAGUGCCCCGACCUGUUCCCCGUGGCGAAGCACGGCACGGAGGGGCUCGACACGUCGGCGAACGGCCCCGGGGUGUGGCACGUGCUCAAGCUCAGCAAGGCAGCAGACGAGGACUACUACGUGGUCGGGCGGUACGACGACGAGACCGACACCUUCGUGCCGGGGGACGGCAACGACGUGCGGAACUGGCGCCGGGUCGACCACGGGCACCUGUUCGGCGCCAAGUCGUUCUUCGACGCGCGCAAGAACCGGCGGGUGCUGUGGGCGUGGGUCAACGAGACGGACAACCAGUCGGACGACGUCGCCAAGGGAUGGACCGGCAUUCAGGCGUUUCCGAGAGCGUUGUGGCUGGAUAGCGACGGGAAGCAGCUGGUGCAGUGGCCCGUCGAAGAGAUCGAGACGCUGAGGAGGAAACGAGUUGUUCUGCUCGGCGCGGUGGUGGCUUCGGGCGGGCUGCACGAGAUCGCCGGCAUUGAGACCCGGCAGGCGGACGUGGAGGUGGUCUUCGAGAUGCCGAACCUGGAGGAGGCCGAGACGUUCGACCCCAACUGGCUGCAAGAUCCCCAGAAGUUGUGCGCAGAGAAGGACGCUUCUGUGCAGGGCGGCGUCGGGCCGUUCGGGCUGAUCGUGAUGGCGUCCGGCGACAUGCAGGAGCAGACAACCAUCUUCUUCAGGUUGUUCAAGCACGAUGACGCGUACAAGGUUCUCAUGUGCACCGACCUGACAAGGUCCUCUACAAAAGAAGAGGCGUACAAACCAGUUUAUGGAGGAUUUGUCGACGUGGACGUAGCGAAGGACAAGUGCAUAUCGCUGAGAACACUGAUCGAUCACUCUGUCAUCGAGAGCUUUGGAGGUGGGGGCCGGACGUGCAUCACGGCUCGAGUGUACCCUGAACACGCAGCAACAGGCAGCAGCCACCUGUACGUGUUCAACAACGGAUCUGACGUAGUGAAGGUGUCCAAGCUGGAGGCCUGGGAGCUCGGGACUGCAUCCGUCAAUGUCGAAGAUGACGGUCUGGUUGCGUUGCAGUCGCCGCUGGUCGUUCCAAUGUCUCCGAAUAGACGCAACCAUCAUGUGGAGUGAAGCAUGGUACUAGCUGUAGUUUGAUCCAUUGUCAUUUGUGCCGCAGAUUGAUAGUCCUUGGUCCAAUAUGACCCAAAGGGCACAUUUGGAGCCUCAUGUCUUAAGCAAUGAAACUUUGGUGAUGAAGAUUGCUUUAUGAAAUAAAGUACUGUGUGACAAGGGGAGAAAACGUAGUAUGGCAAUGGUUAUCUGCUCACUAGUUACUGUUGUCUCCAUUUCAUAAGGUUCUUCUGGAACGCUCAAUUCAGAAUAAUUUUGCAGGAAUUGUAAUCCUAGGUUCAGAAAGACCUGUAUCUACUCAAGAUAU